GCAUCAAUUAUGACCCGUUUAGAAACAUCUGUAGCAUCGAUUGCUUUUUCCACAAGCAAUGUUGUUUAUACUAUUGAAUCUAAUAACCCAAAAUCGGCCAAUUUCCUAACUUCAAGAAGUACCGCCACUAUAGAAUUAUCGAAAUUCCAGAAACAAGAGAAAAAAAAUAUUUUUAAUGAAAUAACCGAAAUAGAAAUUCUUUCUUCAAAUGCCGAUCCAUUUUCACAUCUACAUUCCUCAGUAUCGAAAGGUUUACUUGCAUCUUUAUUUAUUCCUUCUGACUUGUCAAAUGAUGUUUUAAUUCCUGCAAUACCACACCUUUAUAAACUCUCAAAUGGCCGAUGUGCUGCAUUGGUAAUUCAUAUCGCUAUCGAUCGUGAUAAAGUUAAAAAUAUUGAAGAUUAUACUGAUGUCAUGACUUUAAGGCAAACUGGAUGUGCUUUAUUACAUUCAACUGGUAUUCAAGAAACUUUGGAUAUCGCUUUGAUUGCUCACUCUAUAGCAAUUAAAACUGGCGUUCCUGUUAUUCAUUUCUUUGAUCGAGAUUGUGCACAAUCUACUAAAAAAUCUAAACAAUUAGUCCAUUUAGAUAAUAUCAUUGGAAAGUUUAUAGAAGAA